GCGCAACACUUCAUUCUACGAAGUUGACUCACACUGCGCGUAUGACUUGGCCAGCUGAGCUGCGGCGCUUCUACAGAAAACUGAAAUACAAAUAAAAAGAGAAACGGAAAAUCGAAGAGAUUUCACUUUGUUUUCAAUAUCAAUCGAGUGCCUAAAAAAUUGUUGUUGUUGUUGUUGUAUAUGUGCGUGCGCGAGUGAGUUUCAUAUUUUUUUUAGGGGCUGCGCGAGACGUUCGGGGUCGUCAUGCGGCUGCCGCAGUCGCUGCUACGCGAAACAUAAAAGAAAUUUGCUGUUUGCCGCUGCGCCGACGUCAUCAGACACACACACAGAGAGAGAGAGACGCACACACUCACACAGACACUGCCAGACAGUCAGUCAUUGAAAUUGUUGUUGGAUUUUUGUAAAUUAUGAAAGCAAUUUAUCAACUGGAAAUCUAACAGCAAACAGCGAAGCUGCAGCAAGAACAACGCCAACUACAACAAAACGAAACGGCGAAGAAGAAGCAAUAACAGAAAACAGAACAGAAAACAAAAAGAACGCUCUCCUCACUGAUCGCGCAGAGGCACAAGAGCUAAAAGCAGCGCAGCAGCAGAGCUGCAUUUGUGUGUGUGCGUGAAUUAAAAGAGAGAAGCAGAAUCAAAGAAUUCGCAGCGCUCAGCAGACGAGCUGGAGCGCUAGACGAGACCACUCACUACCAACACAAGCGCAGCAACAGCGACUUGUUGCUCACUCACACACACACUCGUACACAGGCACGCUUUAUACGAAAACGUUGUGUUGUUGUGUGCGUGCGUUUGACCUUUGGCGGCGGCGUUUCCCCCAGAGCAUUUUUGUGUCAAAAUGGAGACACACAUCCAGCUGGAGCUGCAGCCCCUCGACAAGCAGCACACCAGCAGCAAGGAUCAAGCCGAUCACACGGAGGAGCAACUGGAGCAGCUGCAGCCGCUCCUCCUGACCCCCAACAACAACAACAACAACAACAACAGCAGCAACAGUCCGGCUCAGCGUUUGCCGUCGAGCAGCUCGGGCAAUUCAAUUCAUGAACAGGUGCAGCAGCAGGUGCUGCCCGCAUUGCCGCCCAGCACGCCGACCAUGCCCCACCAGACGCCGCUGGCCGGCACCUCGCGGCAACUGUUCAAGGAGGCGGCAGCGGCGCACGGAGGGCUGGACUCGCUGGCCUUGGUGCAGCAGGAGCAGAACUAUAUUGCGGCCACACAGCUGCCCAAGGUGUAUAGCGAUGGCUCGAUGGCACCGGAUGCGAGUGUUUCCAGGAAUCCCUCGACUACCGGCGGCCGGCACGAGAAGAAGAUCGGGCAUCGGCGGGUCGCCGAGGGCGGCGAGGUCACCUACAAGAAGAUCCAGUCGAAACAGAUAAUGGGCUCCAUACAGCUGGGCAUACAGCAUACGGUCGGCAGCCUGGCCAAUAAGCCGAAGCGGGAUCUGUUGAUGAACGAUUUCUGGGAAAUGGAAACGAUUGCCUUUCCGCCGGAUGGCUCCUCCCUGACGCCGGCGCAUCACUACAGCGACUUCCGGUUCAAGGUUUAUGCACCGAUAGCUUUUCGUUAUUUCCGCGAUUUGUUUCACAUCGAACCGGAUGACUUUCUCAUGUCGAUGUGUGCGUCCCCGAUGCGCGAGCUGUCCAAUCCGGGCGCCUCGGGCUCCAUAUUCUAUCUGACCGACGACGACGAGUUCAUCAUCAAGACGGUGCAGAAGAAAGAGUGCGAAUUCCUGCAGAAACUGCUGCCCGGCUACUAUAUGAAUCUCUCCCAGAAUCCGCGCACUUUGCUGCCCAAGUUCUUUGGCCUUUACUGCUUCCACUACAACUCGAAGAAUGUGCGUCUGGUGGCGAUGAACAAUCUGCUGCCGUCGGACAUUAAGAUGCACGCCAAAUACGAUCUGAAGGGUUCAACGUUUAGGCGCAAGGCCUCCAAGGCGGAGCGCCAGAAGGCGAGUCCCACCUUCAAGGAUCUCGACUUUGCCGAGCAUCAUCCGAAUGGCAUUUUCCUGGAGGCGGACACCUAUACGGCGCUGAUGAACACCAUCAAGCGGGAUUGCAUGGUGCUCGAGAGUUUCCAGAUCAUGGACUAUUCCCUGCUGGUGGGCAUACACAAUCUGGACAUUGCCGCCAAGGAGAAGCGCGAGGAGCGCAUCCGUAACGCGCGCGCCAAGCUGCAGCGACGCGAGGGCGGCAGCGGAGCCGGCAAUGUGGCACCUCUCGCCACGGACGAUGAUGCGCCCGAGGCGGAUCAGGUGAAUCAGCUGCAGCCGGUCUCCUCUUACGCUUCCAUACCGGGCACCUCGGCGGCGGGACUGAAUCGCACGCGCAGCAUGAAUCGUCAGCGUCUGGUGGCACAUUCCACGGCCAUGGAAUCGAUUACCGCCGAUCUGGAUGCAACGCUCGAGGAGGGCGUGGACGAGCCCAAGGGCGGCAUACCAGCGCGCUCGGAGAACGACGAACGUCUGAUGCUCUACAUUGGCAUCAUCGACAUCCUGCAGUCGUAUCGGCUGGAGAAGAAACUGGAGCACACAUUCAAAAGCAUAUUGUAUAAUGGCGAUACGGUGUCCGUGUGCCGGCCCUCGUUCUAUGCGAAGCGCUUCCAGGACGCGAUGGCCAAGCAGGUGUUCAAGAAGACGCCCACAUUUCCGCUCAAACAUUCCCCAUCCAAGCGCAAGACAUCCGCCACCCAGCUGCGCAGCCCGCUCACCCGCACGCCCCUGGCUCCGGCCACGCCCGCCAACAGCGGAAGUGGAGCGGCACGUCCCGUUGCAUUGAACAUGCUGUCGGGCAUGUCGACACCGCCGCCCGCCUUCGAUGACAUCUCCGAGGAGGACAUCACCGCCGGUGCCUCGACCACAACGCUGCAGCAGCGCCAGAGUCACGGGCACAUGUUGCCGCAGCCGCGCCUGCAGUCGCCCUACUCCUACGACAGUUCGAUGCGCAGCAGCAGCGCCCUGACCAGCGACUACAGCGACGACGAGGAGUCCAAUGCGGGUCAGGCUCGCCUCCAGCUGCAGCCGGAUCAGCGCAACGGACUCGCGCUGGGCAGUACGAGCGACAAUCGCGCAGCCUCGCUGCAGCGCGCUCUGCACCUGACCAAGACCACGGUGCAGGUGACCACGGUCGGUUAUGUCGAACAGAAGAAGGAGCAGACGGAGCUGCAGGUGCUAGAGCUAGAGCUGGAGCCGGAGCCGGAGACGGAGCCACUCGCAAAUGGCAAGCCGGGCAGCGUGUUGCAUGCCACAAACAAAACAAAACAAAUCCAGGCGCACAGCUACACGUCCACGCUGAUGCUCAAAGCGGCGCCCGAAUAGCAUAUACACAAAUCCAUAUAUAUAUAUAUAUACUCCAUAUCCACACAUUGGUGCUGGCUUUCACUUAAACUCCCCCCCU